CUUUUCUACCUAAGGAACCCCGGCUACAAGCAAAGAGGAAAUCUUAAGCAAUUCAUUGGUGUUCUAUCCUUCAUUCUGACUGUCAUAUUGAGUUGAUUGCCCUUUACUGCCAACGCCUGAUAUCGACCAUACACCUAGCUUUCUCUCCUUUAGCUUUGCAAUAAUCGAUAAACUUCGUUCUAUCGUCGAACGCGAGCAUAUAAACAUUCUGUACUGCCCUAGACAAAUUUGUCCCGAGCAUAGACGGGUCCAGAGAACCCUGCCAGCCAGUUGGCGCACACUAACGCCUUUUCGCUAACUUCAUAACCGCAAAUAUUGCAACUACAAAUGGCGUCUCCUUCGGUAUCCAACCUGUGCCUUGACUGUGGCGCUGUCGACUUCUCAACGACGCCUAGCCGCGAUGAGUUACAGGUUCUCCGGGAGAUCGGACCAAGCUCCGCACUGUCACCCACCGGCACGUGUGAGCUAUGCGAUAUUAUGAACUGGAUGCUUGACGCACCCCCUAAUGGAAUUGCUCGGGACAAUCUCUCUCUAAUUCGAAGUACAUCAUUUGAGGCAGGAAAGGGGGAAGGAUACGACUACCGUCAGCCAGAUAGAUGGCCUCACGGCUUCAUAAAAAUUGCCAGGCCGUCAGACAUCGUAGAGCACUGGGGCCGACCAUAUCAUGAUAUCUCGGAUAUCCCACGAUUUGCGACAUUUACCGAUUCACCCAACCCGGACAGAUUCAAGAAGAAACGGUGGGCUUAUUGCAUGCCUGGCACUGUUAACCCCGGUCGCCUGGAUUGUACCGCGAUUCACUCGUGGCUGCAGUAUUGCAGUCGGAGCCAUGACCACUGCAAACCAUCAAGCCAUCCUGAAUUGCCUAUUCGAGUAAUCGAUUGUAUGAUGGACAAAGUUGUGCAAGCCCCGAAGAAUUCUCAUUAUACCACACUGAGUUACGUGUGGGGGACAUCGCCGGAUGACUCCGAAGUCUCGGAUGGAGGUUCUUUGAUCAACCUGCCUGUUACGAUCCGCGAUGCAUUGAGCCUGACGAUUGCGCUUGGAUAUCGAUACAUCUGGAUUGACCGAUACUGCAUCGACCAGAAAAAUCCCGCAGAGAAGCUUGCGCAGAUUCAACAAAUGGGCGACAUCUAUCAAGCCAGUUCCCUCACAAUCUUUGCUGCAUGCGGAACCGGCCCUCGACAUGGACUACCAGGAGUGGGCGAAACGCCAAGGCAAAUCCAGAUCAAGAGAGAGAUAUACGGUCGAGAGAUGGUAGGCCUUCUAGAUCAUCCUCGAAAAUUAAUUCGAGGCUCUGUGUGGAUGCAAAGAGGCUGGACCUAUCAAGAAGCUAUGCUCUCGAGGCGUCGAUUGUUCCUAACCGAUCAGCAGGCGUAUUUCGAAUGCCGCCACGACUUUGUGCGGGACGAGAUAUAUGGGUUGGGCGAACCCCUGUAUUCUGGCGAUAGUGGACUAGGCCUAAGGAUGGCACCAGGCGCCCCGAAUCAGUCGAUGUUUAAAGACAUGACCUUUGAGUGGUCCACCAGCACACAGAUCUUCCGCUACAUCUCUGACUACUCCAGGAGGCAGCUUACUUUUGAGAGCGACCGCCUCUUUGCUCUCCUGGGAGUCUUAAACGUCGUUUCGGAGCUCAAAUAUCCAGUGUUCCAUCUUCAGGGGAUUCCGAUCAUCACCUCAACUCCAGCACCGAGAAAUUGCUGGGGCCCUCAGGUCCCCCGCCCCGUAUGGUCCAUCACCACCGCUUUCAUGGUUGGCAUGACUUGGAAUGUAGAGGCUGGUAUGCGAAGAAAUCAAGAAUUCCCUUCCUGGUCUUGGAUUUCUUGGGCCGGAGCGGUUAGUUGGGGCGGAAACGGCCACUCAGAGCCUCGAAUCGAUGGAAUCACCGAUACUUCUGCCCUUUUCAGUGGCUCUGUCUGGAUUGAGGAUUCCAGCGGCCGCAUCAGAGGGUUAGAAACGUACAGAGAUGAGGGCAACACCCUUGGAUUGAGCUUGCCUCGAAUUAUCCACGUUGAAUCAGAGACGUACGAGGUAAACCUGAUUCACCUCAGCAAUUCUUUGGAAGGGUGUUAUACGUUUGGAGACAAUCAUUACAGAUACCACGAAUCUGGGCAACGCCUCUGCGCAAUACCUGCAGGAGAUUGGGCAACCUGGGAAGCGGAUUCAACCAUCAGAUCUUACAUUUCUUUCAACUCCUUCGACGUUGGGACAACCCUGGCCAUGGCCAAAUCAUACAAAGUACUUGUCGUACUUUGCGGGUCACAGGAACGGCAAAUGAUGGGAGGAUUCGGCGCUACAGAAGGGAAAGUUUUGCGUAUGUCUGGAGAAAAUUAUGAAGUGAUUGGGCACAUAUCUCUUUCUGUACAUUCUGUCUACUUCAAGCCUUCUGAAACAAGUGGGAUUGACGUGUCGCGGGUUACUCGGGAUAUGGUACUACCAAAGAUGAAAAGGGAACGGGUUUGCAUAGUGUAACUUCUAGGACAUUGAUAGCUACACACGCGGCGUCCUGGUCUCGGGUUCGAG